AGUGUGAGCUAAAGUGAGAGAGAGAUGUGGAGGAUAGAUGAAGCAAAUGAAACAGUUCUGUUUGAGCCGUGCUGAGAUUGGGCAGGAGACAGAGAGACACAGGGGUCUUGGCCAUUGCAGCUAAUAUGGGCAUUUGGUUUUAGAUGGGCAUUUGUGUGUACGGAUUAGACGGAGAGACAUGCAAUAUUGGGAUAUGCCUGCAUGGUGGAUUUCCCUGCUGGGCUGCAGGUGCGUGGAGCUGUGAUUAACCUGACACACAAAGACUCUUCUGCUGGAGAUAGAAAGAGAGGGACACAGAGAAAGAGAAGGAGAGAAAAAGAGUCAGGCUGAGAGAGAGCAAUGGAAAGAGAGAGUACAAGAGACUGAGAAAGAACUGUCACACACCAAAAUGAAGUGAACAGGAGUAGCACCAGAGAAAGAAAACCAGUGCCAGAGCAGCUCUGCUCCACCGUCGACACCUACAAAUGAAGGGAAGCAGAGAACGAGGGGAUGAGACAAGGAUAAGAUGAAGAAAGCAGAAAGAACAAUAAAAAUAAUUAUACAAGGAUAACCUGAAAAAGCAGAAAGGAGUGAUAUUCUGAAGGAGAACAACACAGAAAUGACCCGAAAAAGGUUGCUGCCUUCACCUGUAAGAACUGAUGAGGGAUUUUCUCAAACAUCUCCUGCACCCUGAAUGCAGCCCCUAUACUCCAGGCUUGUCUAAGUCUCGUUGACUUUGAAGAACAAAGGAGGUUCCUGCCAUAUGGGGGACCUUGCUCCCAUCCUCUCUUUUGCGCUCACCUGAUGGUCCCAAGUGUCGCCCCCCAUCAGCUGCCUUGCUUCGGGAUGGCGUGAGAAGCAAACAGGGAGAGAGAGGAAGAGUGUGUGUUUUCCGAACAGGGAGAGAGAGGGAGAGUGUGUGUUUUGCGGAAGGGCUGGAGACUCUGGAAGCUUGCCACCAUGCCUGUGAUGAAGGGGCUCCUGGCACCUCAGAACACCUUCCUGGACACCAUCGCCACCCGCUUCGACGGCACCCACAGCAACUUCCUGCUGGGUAAUGCCCAGGGUCACCGUGGUUACCCCAUUGUCUACUGCUCAGAUGGUUUCUGUGAGCUCACAGGCUUUGUGCGAACCGAGGUGAUGCAGAAGAACUGCAGCUGCCGUUUCCUGUACGGGCCAGGGACGAGUGAGCAGGUGUCCCAGGCCAUGGAGAAAGUCCUGGAGGGCAAAGAGGAGUACCAGGCUGAGGUCCAAUUCUACAAGAAGAACGGAACCUCAUUCUGGUGUCUGCUGGACAUUGUUCCCAUUAAGAAUGAGAAAGGUGAGAUGGUGCUGUUUCUCUUCUCAUUCAAAGACAUCAGCGACACGUAUGGCAAGAACCACCACAGCAACCACAGAGAUGAUUCCAAGAGGCACAGCAGGAAGAGUGGCAGCUCUCAGCUGACUGAUGCACGGAGACACGGACACACUGUGCUAUGCCAUAUCACCAGCCAGUUCUCCCGUGGGAGCAAGAAUGAAGUCAACCUGGGCGGUAACAUGUUUGAGAAGCCAUCCCUACCUGAGUACAAGGUGGCAGCAGUACAGAAGUCUCGCUUCAUCCUGCUCCAUUACAGUGUGUCUAAGGCAUUGUGGGACUGGACAAUCCUGUUGGCUACUUUUUAUGUUGCCGUGACUGUGCCGUAUAAUGUGUGCUUCACACCAUACGAUGAGCUGGAUACGGCAGCGAGAAGCACGAUCGUUAGCGACAUUGCAGUGGAAAUGCUUUUCAUACUGGAUAUCAUCCUUAAUUUCCGCACCACCUAUGUGAGCCAGUCAGGUCAGGUGGUAUAUGACUCCCGCUCCAUCUGUUUCCACUAUGCUGCCACAUGGUUCUUUGUGGAUCUGGUGGCUGCUUUGCCCUUUGACCUCCUCUACGCAUUCAAUGUCACUGUUACCUCCCUUGUGCACCUGCUGAAGACGGUGCGUCUGUUGCGUCUCCUGCGUCUCCUGCAGAAGCUGGACCGCUACUCCCAGUACAGCGCCAUGGUGCUCACGCUACUCAUGUCCAUGUUUGCCCUGCUGGCACACUGGAUGGCCUGUAUCUGGUACAUCAUCGGCCGCCAGGAAAUGGAGCGCAACAACAACGACUGGGACAUAGGCUGGCUGCAUGAGUUAGGGAAGCGUUUGGAGACUCCAUAUGUGAACCGCACGGCUGGUGGCCCAUCCGUGCGCAGUGCCUACAUCGCCUCACUCUACUUCACCCUCAGCAGUCUCACCAGCGUGGGCUUUGGGAACGUGUGCGCCAACACGGACGCCGAGAAGAUCUUCUCUGUCUGCACCAUGCUCAUCGGGGCACUUAUGCAUGCGGUGGUGUUUGGGAAUGUGACAGCCAUCAUCCAGCGAAUGUACUCACGGCGUUCACUGUACCACACACGCAUGAAGGACCUGAAGGACUUCAUCCGUGUGCACCGCCUCCCACGCCAGCUGAAGCAGCGUAUGCUGGAGUAUUUCCAGACCACCUGGUCUGUCAACAAUGGCAUUGAUGCCAACGAGCUCCUGCACGAUUUCCCAGAUGAGCUGCGUGCUGACAUCGCCAUGCACCUGAACAAGGACAUUCUGCAGCUGCCCGUGUUCGAGGGCGCGAGCCGGGGCUGCCUGCGCUCGCUCUCCCUGCACAUCAAGACUUCAUUCUGUGCGCCGGGCGAGUACCUCAUCCGGCAGGGCGAUGCCCUGCAUGCCCACUACUUUGUGUGUUCCGGAUCCCUGGAAGUGCUGAAAGAUGGCAUGGUGCUGGCUAUACUUGGAAAGGGGGAUUUGAUUGGUUCAGACCUCCCAGGGCAGGAUCAUGUGAUCAAAACGAACGCAGAUGUGAAGGCACUUACAUACUGUGAUCUGCAGUAUAUAAGUGUGAAGGGCUUGAAGGAAGUUCUUGAACUCUACCCAGAAUAUGCCAGUCUGUUCACCGCCGACAUCCACCAUAACCUCACAUACAACCUCAGAGAAGGCAGUGAUGCUGAGGGUCUCACAGGGUUUCCAAGGUCUCCACGGUUUUCUCAUAACAGCCACGUUGAAUCGAGUGCAUUGUUAGAAAAGCAUUCCUCCAUCGCAGAAACAGGCAGUGAUCCAGACAACUAUUGCAUCUCACCCACGUCGAGUUCUCACCGGAACCUUCCCCUGCCCACUUUGAACAGCCCUGUGCGGCGGACCUCGCUGGGGAACCUCCUGGGUGACGAGCUUCGGCAGUUCAAUGCUUUGCGACACUGUCGCUCGCCCCUUAGAAGGAGCUACAACAGCUCAUCGCCCAAAGAGCAGCCCAAAUCAGAGCACCAGCCUCUCACCACACCUUCCACUCCUCUGAGCAGCAACUGGUGCAGUGAGACGCAGGCGGGAAGUGCAGCCCGCAAACCCAACAAACUCCUGAUCCCAACCCUGAGCUGCAGACCCCCGGACCUCAGCCCACGGGUAGUUGAUGGGAUUGAGGAUAAUGGACGUAUGUUCCACUUCAGUGCUGAGACCAGUGCCCCUAGUGUCACUGUGCCGGGCUCCAUAGAUUCCAUGCGGGUGAAUACCAGCCUUUUCCAGGAGACAGAGGAGGUGAGACAAACUAUCUACCAACUGAACAAAAAGAUGGGGAGUCUGAACCAGGAAGUAGGUCAGCUGACUAAGGACCUCCAUGACAUGAUGCACCUGCUGCAGGUGCAGAUGGCAUCGCAGCAUUACACCACCUCUCUCUCCACCUACUCUUAUGGUGUGCACAUGCUGUCCAACCCCACCAACAGCACACCUCUGGCCUACAGCAUCGGUGCCAACUCACACCUGCAGCCUGAGGCACACAGCUGUCACCAGCAGGGGGAGUCCUACCACACAGGCCAAGAGCACCACUGCCAGGGCGAACACACGCUUACUGAGAACAUCAGCCACCAGGGUUCAGGCAUGUGGAGCCAUGCAGGUACAGGUAGUACGGGAAUGUCUGAGCAGACAGACAGUGAAGAGCAGCUCCGCCUUCAGCUAACUCCUGCUCUGAGCAGCAACGAUGCUGUCUCCUGCAAGUGGAGCUCUGUCAGCACAACCACCUCCUCCUACUGCAGUCACCAUCAGCACUCACACCCCACCUCCACCCUCCUCAAGAUCAAUCCAGGUCCCAAGGGUGUAGUGGAACAGGACAGCCAAGCAGGGCUGGAGGAGGCUGCUCCACCCCAUGGCCUCUCUGAGCCUGUGCUGUGUGUGCUGCCCCCUCCAAAUUCAGACCACCUGCACAUUCUUUCCAGCAUGCCCAAGUCCACACGGUCACUGCUGACAGCCAGCCACCCAUGCCCCGCCAUACCCAACUCGGCACCAGCUCUGACUGAACAGAACCUGGGUUCAGUCAUCGCCUGUGCCGACAGCCACAUUCCAGACACUUCCAGCCUCCUAGACGAAUACGGCAAGGCCUCCAUGUGGCUGUCAGAGCGUUCCCCACCUCCCCCCCGGCUGGGCUCUGGAGCUGUGGACCUCCCUCUGGGUGACCUGAGCAGAGGGGAGCACACAAGUCGCGAGUGCCUGCUGGCAGAGCAAGGAUCCACGGAGAGCCAUGACAGCGACACUUCGGGCUCCCAGUCCAGAAGGUCCAGCACAGAGACACAAUCUCAGACCCAGGGUUCAGAAACAUCCUGGUGCCUGGACCUGAUACACUGAUUGCACUGAUUGCAAGGGAAAUUUACAGUAAAGAAAUUUUGGUUUGCAGUGAUUGUUUUGCAAUUUUGCAGUUACUUGUUAAUACUUUGGAAUCAUGUGUGGUCCUAUCCUUACAAAUGACUGUAAAACUAUGCAAUAUGCAUGUGAGCUGUGCAUUAUUACUUACUAUCUUAAUAUUCAGUAUACCACAAAAUAUCUAGCCAUUGAUAUUUCAUAUUUGCUGUGGUAAACUGAAAGCAAAUUAUAUCUAUCGAGGGUGUUAAUGAACCCUUUGGGCAUUUUGUAAAGAGGAUUGCUAACACAAACAAUCCAUCAUAGCAUUCAACUGUAGCAUUCACUAGUUGUUCCAGACUAGGGCCACAUUUGAGCUAUAUUUUUUUUUAAUGUAACAUAGUUUAUGUUAUGUAUGUAUCUCUUACCUUUCUGCAUGGUAAAGUUUAUUGAUUGUUUUUCCUAAGGAAAAGAUUCAUAACUGAAAUAUGUUAACAUUACAUGAGCAUGAUGAGUAGGAUAUCUGAAUAACAUCCAAGUGCUUCACAGAUACCAUAUGACUACUAUUUAAAUAGACCAUUUCCAAGAAAAAGAAACUUUUGGUUUGUUAAAACUGAGCUCCCAAACUCUCUGAUAACAAGUUACAAGUUCACAUAAAACUUUCUUUGGUCCUUAGAGCAAAGGUAAAACACAUGCAUAAGACUUUCUUCAUAAGUGAAAUCUUACAUACCCCAACCCAGUUUUUUUUUAAAUUUUUUUAUUUUUUUUUAUUGUUACAGUGUAACAAUACUGAGUUCACAGAUGUAAUUGAUCUUCUCAAUACCAAAGUUUAGUUUAUAAAACAUUUAGAGAUACAAUAGCAAGUUGUAAUAAUGUAGGAAACCAUAAGAUUCUACAAACUUUCCUUUUCAGCAUAAUCCAAAAAUAAUCUUAGUGUUUAUUAAAGAAACUUAGAUUUAUUCUGAACUGUUAUGGUCUAAACCCUGUAUAAAUGACAAUAAACAAAAUCCAGAGUGCAAAGAUAAAGGCUGCUAUAACAGAUGACAUACACAAUAUAAAGGGUACAGAUCACUUCUAUCACAAAGCAUUAAUAUUAUUAUACAUGAUAUACUGAUAUAGAAUGUUCCUAGUAAAUGAAGCCCCUACAUGCUCCUAUCUGAUAAGUGCAGAGGAAGUGCAGUUUCACGCAGUAAUCAAAGACAGCUCUGUGAAUCAUUAAACAGAAAUAAGUUAUCAAACCUACUAAUAUUAAUCAUUUACAAUUCAUAGGAGAAUGUUUGAAUGGUACACCUUCUAAACUAUUAUUCACUUAAAAACAUAAUUGUUAUUUAAAAACUUAAGUUAAUAGAAACAAAUACAUUAUUUCCCAGUCUAAAAACUUAACAGAUCUGCUUUUCAGAUUUGGCUUCUGGAAUUAAUUUUUAUACAGUGUUCCACAGUAAAACAGCCAGCUGUCCAUAUUCCAUACAGGACUAAACCAUUACUGCAGAAGUGUAAAACAUUAUAUACAAUGUCAAGUAAGAUUCAUUCAUGUUUUAUCUUUUUAUCCCUGUGAAAUCUUCUGUGCAGUCUUUCUCCCAGAAUGUUUCAGAACUCUGUUCCUCAGGAGGCUGUCUUAAACAGUUUGGCUGAGAGCAGAGUAAGUAUAAUUCACAUCUUACACCAUUUCACGCUGGUCUACUUUACAUGCAUGAAUUAUUAAAAAGGAGUCAUUAUUGGUGAGGAAUGUUGUGAAGGAAUUUUAAAAUAUGGCUUACACCACAGAUGUCAUGAAGCAAUAAUAGGAUGAGGGACGUGGAGAGAGAAUGAACUCCCUUAUAUGGAACAUGUGCUCUAUAACAUGCUUCCUCUUAUGUAACAUGCUCUGUUAAACAGUAAACCCUAGUCCACCCCCUACACACAGCUUCUUACUGUUUUCAAGCAUUUUCCCCAUUAAAACAAUUUUUUUUGUUAAUUUUUAAAUAAAAAUAGAACCUAAAUGAGAUUAACUGAGUUAGAAGCAAGUCCUCAGGAAAAUGUGACAGUUAAAUGAUCAGUGUUAAAAGAAUCGCUACCAGUUAUUCCGGUAAGAUACAGGUGUGAAUUUACCACUUUUUUGCCUCAAGAGCAAAAGAAGCUUCGCAGUAGUGUUACUUUAAGUCAUUUAAGUUGAACCAAAAAUGUUCAGAAUUUUUUUCUUAUGAAAAACUAAAUGUAUAUCUGCAAUGAAAUUAAUAAUAUUUCUUCCCUUUAAACAGUUUGGCCACAUUCUUUCAUUAAGAAACUCCAUAGUAGCAUGCUUUCAUGGUUAAUUUUGUUGUAAUUUUAGUGAAGUGCUAUCAGGUAUGCAUUCAUAUACAUGACUUUGUAACUUGCUGUUAUUGUCAGUGAACAAUCUGACAUUUUGCUUGAGUUGCCUAAACCUGACCCUGACCCUAACUUGAAAAUGAUAUGUUUUACUUUUUAUCUGUAAACCAAAUGGUAACUUGGUAUCCAUUCACCUUGUGGAACUAGGACUGCAUUUGAACCAUGCCAUAAUCUCUCUUAUGCCUGAUGAAGCAGACUGACUACUGUUCUUUGCUUGAUGAUAACAUUCAUAGAUGAGUCCCUUAUAACUGUAGCACUGUUUGCAGAUUAUCUUUAUACAAGCACUGGUAUAUUUUGUGAAGAAUUCUAAUUACCUUUAUCACUAUACUCAUAUCAACUAGUUAGUUGCAUAUUUGCAUGACAGUUUCCCUCUGCUCAUUAUUUUGAGUUUUAGCAUGUGGUUUGAACAAUUCUAAAAUCACAUUUGUUACAAUAAAAUCUGUAGUUGGUCACUGAAUCAUUUUCCUAUUUUACAAAGUCAUGGAGUAUUCAUGAACAAAUAUCUGUGCAUAGAGGGGUAGUGAAUAUAUUUGUGCGUGGAGAGGUAGAGAAUGUGUGUGUGUGUGUGUGUGUGUAAAGAGGUUAGAAAAGUGACUAUAUGUGCAUAUUGUAAAGGGGUGGGAAAUAAGUGCGUGUGUAGUGUGUGUACAUAGAGGUGUGGAUAAUGUGUAUGUAGGGGCAAAUAUAUGUGUGUAUAGGAUAAGGGAAUAAAAGUGUGUGUCUGUGUGUGUGUGUGUAGAUUGAGGUGUGAUAAAUCCUGUGCCUUCAGCACACAUGGAUUAAUGAAUUCCUGAGAGAAAACAAAGGGGGUGCCUAUUAUAAAAGCUAAUAUCAACAAGGCAAAACACUAACUACACCACCAUAGCCACACCAAGACUAACUACACAACCACCACAACACCAAGAGUACUAAAAUGAAAAUAAUAAACUCUAUAUUUAUGAAAUUGGGAAUCAAGACCCAAUAAACCCUAGCACCAAGCUCAGCACCAGAGCUGUUGACUUGAGACUGAAGAUCAUGGCUAAGCUGGACGGACUACCAAGACCAAGUAAAUUACCAGAAAGGCUGGUGGAAGGGUGAAUGACUAUCACUGAUAUAUGCACAGCAACGGUGAUGCUUGGCUACAAGAUGUACAUCAAGGAGCAGUAUUCUCCGUCGAGGAGGAGGUUGGAGGCCAAGAUAAAAGUCACACACAGAGAGAAGUUAGCCACAUAUCAGAAAUGCAGAAAGGUGUGAUGAAGGUACCUGAGAGGUACAACAAGCUAUCCAUACCUGAGGCCUUGGAGACUGCCAAGCAAAGAGCUCUGGCUGCCCACCUGAGGAGGUACACAAGAGAAGUAGAAGACAGGAGAAUACACAGGCUGUUCUCACAUGAGCCAGCCAAAGUGUGCUCUCAGUGGAGAACAGACCCACCAAAGCUGGAAACUGAAAAAUACUGGAAAAGCGUGUGGGAGAAGGAAGCAUCACACAAUGACAAUGCCCAGUGGAUAGAGAACCUUAGCGCAGACCACAGCAAUCUCCUUGAACAGAAUGAACUUCCAUAUGGGCUGAAGAAGCUAACUGCACUCUAUGCACCAGGUAGAACAAAUGGACCAACUGAUAACAGAUGGAACCCACCCUGAAUGGUUAGAUGAAGGCUGGAUAGUCCUGAUUCUAAAAGGACCCCCAGAAAGGAACAGUUCCAUCCAACUACUGGCUGAUAGCCUGCCUCUGCACAACAUGGAAGCUCCUGUCAGACAUCCUUGUGGCGAAGAUCAAUAGGCACUUGGCUCAAUACAUGAGUAGGGCCCAGAAAGGCAUUUGCAAGAACAUCAAAGGAGCCAAGCACCAGCUAGUGCUGGAUAAAACAAUGACUGAAUAGAAUAAUAGACCUAUGAUUCAAUGCCCCACGCAUGGAACCUGGAAUGCUUGAGACUGUAUAAUCAAGAGGACUCUAUAAGCCUUCAAGAACUCAUUGGGGCCAUGGAAGAUAACCAUAGAGCACAAUUUUAAACCAAUUGCACGAGUCACCAUCAAGUGCGGGAUUUACCAAGGAGAUGCCCUGUCCUCGCUGCUGUUCUGCAUAGGCCUGA